AGGAAGUGGGCUACCUGAAACCAGGUGAACAGCAUUGCCUCCAAUCAGACUCAACCAGCAACAGAGCAGCAAAGCUCCUCAGUGCCACCUUUUUUUCUUUUUUUGACGGGUAAUACACACAGAUUGACAACACUACUGCAGCUCAUUUUAAGAGCUUCUUUUGACAAUCGUACGAGCCUUGGAAUAAGCUCUCUACCAUGUCAGGCAACAUCACUCUCUACUCAAGUCUUCCGUUUGUAUCCCUGCUGGUCUGUUCAACUAUCAUGUUGUUUAUCAAGUGUUCAGAUGUUGUAAGCGCCAGUCACACAACAACCCAAGCGGAGAACGGAGUGAAGCAAAAUAUCCUGAGAUCACUGUUUACUCCAAACAGCCAACACCGUCCCCUCUCCACUGGUCUGCUGUCAACUGAAACUGGACUCCAACCUGGAACUUAUGGUGAAACCGAGAAGAGCAGGGAUUCUAGAGAAGCACUGACAAUCACUGACCACCAAUCAAGCCCUCUGCGUUUUUCAAAAAUCAGUUACAAUCAAAACAGCCCAGAUCGCAGACAGCCCCGAACAGGAAUAACCAGCGUGCAGAGAGGUCACAGCACAGGUGGAGUGAGGCCAGCAAGCAGCAUUUUCACCGAUCACUCUCAGCAUAGGGGACAAAGCUUUGGGAGGCCACAGUCCGGUUUAAAUUACCAGCCUCUCUCUCAGAAGGUAGCCCAAAUUGGAAAUUCAUAUAAUUCACAACCACUGAUCAAUAGAAAAUCAUCUCAAAAAGAAGCCUGUAGUCCCUUUCAUCGAAGCUCUUGUUUUUCACAAGUUUGGGACCCCAAAGAAGCUCAGAAAUCCUACAAUGAAAGAAACGUUCUCAGAAAUAACUCUCCAAAAUUGGCAGAUAAAACAUCUUGGCCAUUACAGACUGGUGAAUAUAGAAGCACUUCACUGCCAAGGGAGCAUUACAGUGGCUAUAAAGAGACGAAUAAGCUCUCUGCGGUCAGAGGACAGAGUACAUUUAGUGGGAUUCAAUCAAACAAAUUUCUCAGCUUUGCGAAUCAAACUGCCUCUAAUGCACCAUCAAUCAGCAACGGGUUGGACGCCUCUGUUAUUAAACGCAACCCCAGCCCAGAAAAAGUGACGACAUCCAUCACAGAUUUCUCCCAGGGGCUGAACACAGUGUCUAGCAGUGAGACACUAAAACACACAAAGGUCCAUUCAUAUCUCUUCAAGGACUCCCAGACCUCGUUUGAUACAGUCAAUACAGUAACAGGUGGUGGGCCAGAAGCCUCAAGUGGACUGAGCAGUUUUACCACAAUGCCACCUAAGCUAAGGCCCUCUGAUGUACAAGUUUACAGCAGAUUCGCUUCAGGUUUUAAACAAUUACACAGAAAAGAUCCAGUCAAGGAAGACAAUGCCGAUCCACUGUAUCUUAACACCAAUGUGGCCCAGGAUGGUAGUCAGACGGGCAGUUUUACCAAAUAUCAACUCAUCUCUAGCACGUAUCCUCCCGCUCAGCUCUCUUUGCAUCCUGCUUCGGGAAAGGGCAGGACUGUAGAAAGUUAUGUCCCUAUUGGUCAUGCAGCUUCAAAGGACCACUAUGCCGCUAGCAGCGAGAGAUCUUUUGUAGGAAGCCCAGUAAGUACAACUACAAGAGGGUCAUUGCAUGGUUACAAACCAGGACGAUCCACUAAAAGCAUCUAUGGCAUCAGAGGGUUUAAAAAUCCUCUGGGGAAGGACCCAUCUAUUCUCUCCUCCAGUGAAAUGACCAACUCCCGACGAUACAGCUUUGACAAAGGAAGGGACUAUAAGCUUAACAUUAGAAAUAUAAAGUCAAAGUAUAGGUUUGGACAGAGAGGAGGGUCUACUAUGACUACUACACCAGCAAAACUGUACAGGACAUCCAUAGAUUAUUUGCCAUUUUCUUCUGACUCUUUAGAUCUAAUCCACACCACAACUGUUUCUACUCCAAGGCUGUUCACAUCAGGUUUUAAUGACGUUCAGCCUGAAAGGGAUGCCAGUACGGACAGCAACCCAGAUCACAGACAAUUCAGAAACUACAAAAGAAUAUAUAGCCUCAAAGGAUUUGGCACUCAACCACUUGAGGGAGCCAAAACUUUAGUUAGAGAACCAGACAAGUCUGCUGCACUCCAGCAAGGUUUUGAAAUCAGGAGCUCACAGAUCUGGCAGCCCGAACGCAGCGGGAUUCACAGAUGGUACAGUGAAACAGGUGAAAGAGAGCCAGAAACCAGCCAUAUAUACACACACAGGCGGAAUGAGCUAAGCAGUGAAGACUUUAAACCACCUAUAAAGACUGCUGGAAGCACUGAAUCAGUCCCGCACAGCAGAUUUAUGCCUGACACACACAGAAAGAACCGCAAAAUAUAUACUUCUCCUCUGGGAUUUCAGUCGAUUCAAAACAAAAUUGGGAAUGAACAUAAGAAAUCCCACUGGAAAUACGCUGAGCAAAAUCCAACUAUAGCAUCACCAAUUCACAGAGUCUCUUCAGCUCGUCUCCGAUCAGCAGGGGGCCUCAAAGUUAAAUCCAGCCCAACAUCUGAGCCAAGAACGCCCAACGAAAACAAACCUGCUGCGAUGAAGGCGAGUCUGCUCAACAGUUCCACCAGCAGCACGGUGAGAGGGAAACGCGUGAAAGGAAAACACAUUAACAGCAAAAAGCUCAAUGAAUCUACUUCACUGACCAGUGAUAGUGGAAAUUUAGCCAUUGUCAGGGUGCACAAGCGCCCCGCCGAGUUCAAAGCUGUCACAUUUGCUGAUGUUCUUGGAAGUGCUUCAUUCAGUAGUGUCAGAGCUACAACCCAGGCACCGGUCACAGCCGCUGAUAAGGAUUAUUUUCCAAAUAGCGCAGCUAUGACCAAGCAGAAAGAAGGGGGGGGUCAAUGGACCUUAAACGCAGAUGAUGGAGUGCAUAGUAGGGAAAACACCAGCGGAAAUCCUGAAGCAAAUGCUGCAGAUGAGGUGGAAGAUUUCAGUACUGUUGGGGAACAGGAGCUGGGUUUUAAGAGCAGAGAAUUUGACAGUGGAAUGAAAACAUUCGAUGCUUUCUUGGAUAACGAAGGAAACGGAAGUGGGAUCUUUAAUCAGUCUGAUGUUUUGCCAACUGAUACCACAAAGACUCAGGGAUUUAGUGAAGAUUUGUUAGAGCUAGAUUACCUGCGAAUAUCAACCGGGAACAUCUCCUUCAAAUCAGUGAAACUGUCCCAUGCUGAGAAAUGAUGGAAACUUGUUGAAUUUUUUUUUUUUUUUUUUUUAAUUAUGUGCAACAAGAACAAUUC